AUAGCCGCUCAAUCUUCAGCAGGUACUUCACACACUCACUUUUCCAACAUUGGCUAUACAUAAUUUUUUGGACGCCUGAAUGUUGCACAGUAUAUUUUUGGACAAUUUCGUCCCAAAAGACUUGUUACAUAGCAAUUUCAAGAUACUAUCACGAAGGAGAUAAAGCGCUCACUGGAUAUACAGAUGUGAUUGCCAUUUAUCAAUACACAUCAACCUGUAUAGAGAAAGUGUGGUAAUUUAAUGCGAUUCAGUGUGGACUGCGAAACUGCAUACCAGCUUAAGGAAGAUUACACAGGGGUUUGCAUGGGACCGCUGUUGGCUCUAAAAUGAAGGGCUUCCACUGUGUGCCGGUCGUGCUCCAGUGUGUUUUCCCUCUAUGCUUGCUGCUCGGGGCCAGUAUCCCACCUGGGGUGACAGAGGAUUCCUGUAGCUGUGCAGGCGUCUCCAGGUGUCACUGCGAUGGAGUGAAAGGCAACAAAGGUGAGCGGGGCUAUCCUGGUUACGAUGGAUUUCCGGGGGUUAAGGGUUUCCUAGGAAUGGAAGGUCCUCCGGGGCCUCUAGGUCCAAAGGGAAACAUCGGCUUUCCUGGGUUAUCAGGAUCCAAAGGUUCCCGGGGACUGCCUGGAAAACCAGGAUUUCCUGGACCUUUUGGACAGCCCGGUGUUCCAGGACAUGAAGGACCUAUGGGGCCAACAGGAGUACCAGGAUGCAAUGGGACCAAGGGAGAUAUUGGCUAUCCAGCACCUCCUGGGUUACCUGGGACUGUUGGAUUAACUGGUGUUCCCGGUGUCCAGGGGCUAAAGGGAGACUCCUACUACUUCCCAGUACCCCUUGGUUUGAAAGGGCAGCGUGGCGUGCCGGGGAGAAAUGGGGGGAAGGGUCAACAGGGGUUUCCCGGACUGACAGGCCUCCCUGGAUCUGAAGGAUUGAGUGGGAUUCCGGGAUUACCAGGGUUACCGGGGUUAGAGGGAGAAAAGGGCCAAGAAGGUCCUAGUCCUGCUUUUCGAGGACCAACAGGACAAAAGGGCGACCAAGGGCCUCCAGGUGUACCUGGGCAGAAGGGCAUCAAGUUGUAUGCAGAAGGCCCCAAAGAGCUGAAGGGGGAGCCAGGUGAUGUUGGGGAUAAGGGGUGUCGAGGCCUGCCUGGUUUUCCAGGUCGCCAGGGUUUUAAAGGAGAUAAAGGCGACCAAGGGGUCCCAGGGUCAUUGGGUAAACCAGGAAAGGAAGGCAUUCAAGGGGAAUAUGGAUUUCUGGGUGAAAAAGGUGAAACGGGCUACCUGGGGCCUCCUGGGAUUCAGGGGUCAAAGGGGGUGAAAGGAGACGUUGGUUCUUAUGGACCUCCUGGAGAUGUGGUCCGUGUGUUGGUGAAAAUAAAAGGGCAACCAGGUUUUCCUGGUCUCACUGGCCGUCCUGGCCGUGUUGGUGAUCAAGGCGUAGUUGGUUUUCCUGGAGUGAAGGGUGCAUCAGGGCAGUCCAUACCUGGACGCCCAGGAAAACCUGGUGCUCCAGGAACGCCUGGUUUGCAAGGGACAAGAGGAGAACCUGCCCCCAAUAUCAUCGGACCCCCUGGGGCCACCGGCCCUCCAGGAGACGAAGGUCCUCUUGGUGAUCCUGGUGACCCCGGAAUCACAGAUAACAGUAACAGUGCACCACCCGGUCCUAAAGGCCUCAAAGGUAUCAGGGGAGUUACUGGCAUUACAGGAAACAUUGGUGAAGGAGGUGAGAAAGGAGAUGUCUGUCGAAUAUGUACUGAGAUGAAUAUGCAACCGGGGCCUCCUGGUCCUACUGGGGAACCAGGCAAGCCAGGGGAGACAGGUCAGAAUGGCCCUCUGGGGACGAAAGGGUACAAGGGCACGAGUGGUCUCACUGGCCCCCCUGGUCCUCCGGGUCCCUUUGGAACCCCGGGUAUGCAUGGAUCAACUGGAUCCAAGGGAAAUCCAGGCUUCAUCGGCUCGCCAGAGAGUCCAGGUCCGACAGGCUCCCCUGGAAGUCCAGGGUUUCCUGGCUCAGAUGGAGAUGAAGGCAUCCCUGGAUAUCCAGGCAUCAAAGGCCCGCAAGGCCCGAAAGGAAACCCUGGACCUCCAGGAGCCAAGGGGGACCGGGGCACCGCUGGGGAGGAUGGCCCCCGUGGACGAACAGGGCAGAUAGGGGUCCAUGGGCCUCCUGGGUUGGGGCUACCAGGGGACCCUGGAGAGAAGGGUAACCUUGGAAUACAAGGCCUGAGAGGGAGAAUUGGAGACCCAGGAGAGAAGGGCGAACAAAGUGAAACCAUAACAACGCCAGGGGACCCAGGAAGGAAGGGAGAAAAAGGGCUGGCAGGCAACCCUGGACCUCUAGGCAAUCCUGGUAUCACUGGGUAUGUUGGCUUCCCUGGCCAGAUGGGGUUGAAGGGGGAGAGAGGACUGUCUGUGCAAGGCCCUCCUGGAGAAACAGGCUUUAAAGGUGACAAGGGCCAGCCAGGCGCUCCUGGUUUCCCUGGCUUUGGGAUCAUGGGACGGCCUGGCCCUUCAGGAGCACCUGGGAUGCCAGGUCCCAAGGGUGAUUUCCGCACAGGCCUCCUAGGGCCUCCCGGUCGGCAAGGCAGCCCAGGAGAGGAUGGGGCUCUGGGGGCAACGGGAGAUUCUGGCCUGCCUGGGCUGGGUGGUCCUCCAGGUAUACCUGGAACAAAUGGACAACAGGGGGACAGAGGCAAUACGGGACUUGUUGGGUUGCCAGGUUUGUCUGGUGAGUCUGGGGGGUGUAACCCGGGAGCCCCGGGAUCGCAGGGACCUGUAGGCAUCAGAGGAGUCAUCGGCUUCACAGGACCCAGGGGCUUUAAGGGGCUGCAAGGGGAUCAAGGCCUGCCUGGGGAGGGGAUGCCUGGGCCUUUGGGCAUGUUUGGACCACCCGGCUUUGAUGGUCCUCCAGGCCCAAGAGGGGCUACCGGCCUAAAGGGCUUCAGAGGAACAGAUGGGGCACCAGGGGUUACAGGACCUGCGGGAGAUGUGGGGCCGUCGGGGGUCUGUGGUACUCCAGGAACAGAUGGCAAACCUGGGGUUGUUGGAAGACCUGGCCCCAAAGGGCUAAUGGGGGUAGGCGGAGCCAGAGGGCCAGCUGGACCACGGGGCUUGGUGGGAGACGUGGGGCCGAAGGGUUCUAAAGGUUUAUCAACUGAUUUCGAAACAUUCGGAGAUCCCGGAGAAGCAGGGCCUCGGGGAUCCUCAGCACAAAAUGGGCAGAAAGGGGAGCCAGGACUCGCAGGACCGAGAGGGGAAAGCGGGAGGACCGGAAACCCAGGGAGCAGUGGGCCUCCAGGUCCCCCUGGAGAUCCUGGCAGAGAUGGACAAAAAGGGGCUCCAGGUUUACUUGGAAUUCUUGGUGCUCAAGGAGACAUGGGGUUGCCAGGUGUGAAGGCUGAGAAAGGUGCGACAGGUGUCCGUGGAGCAGCUGGCUCAUCUGGUACACCAGGAAUGAACGGACCUAAAGGGGCUAAAGGAGAGGCCGGCCUCCUUGAACCAGGCACCCAGGGGAGACCUGGGGAGAAGGGCGAGCCAGGGUUGCCGGGAGUGACAGGAGAGAUGGGGGAGAGGGGUGAUACUGGAAGGUUUGGGUCUCCAGGACCUUUAGGCUCCACAGGGCCCAGAGGGAGAGAGGGAAUCCCAGGAUCUCGAGGCAGCCCAGGGCCCUCUGGGGAGAAAGGUUUUGAUGGACUUCCUGGUUCUGGUGGUUGCCAUGGCCAGAAUGCCCCGCCAGGGAACCAAGGGCUUGCAGGGGACCCGGGUGCAGCUGGGCCCAGAGGGAGCCAGGGCAGGGACGGCAUCCCUGGACCGGCAGGAGAGAAAGGGGACAUGGGAGCCCCCGAUGUUGGGCCAAGAGGAGCAGAUGGACAGACAGGCCAGCCUGGACUGAAGGGGGACACGGGCUUCCCUGGGCCCUAUGGUCCCCUUGGUCCCCCCGGGUCUUUAGGGGACAUGGGCCCCCCAGGCCUGCGUGGUCCCCCAGGCCUCCCUGGUAGUCCUGGUCAGAAUGGAGUCUGCUUUGAGGGGACAAAAGGGGAACGUGGCCCAAACGGUGGCCUUGGAGUCCCAGGAAUGCAGGGCCCUCGUGGGCCCCCAGGUCCUCCGGGGCCAGGGUUCAAUGGCGAUAAGGGGAACAAAGGUGCCAUGGGCCUUCUGGGUACGCCAGGGUACAGAGGAGACAGUGGAGAGCAAGGCAGUCCGGGUGUCGAUGGAAAUCCUGGUUUUUCUGGGGACAAGGGUGCAAUGGGUGUUGUUGGAACAAUGGGGCCCGAUGGUCAGAAAGGAGACGCAGGACUUCCUGGGGGAGCAGGUGGUCCUGGAGAGAAAGGAUCACCGGGACAAAAAGGAGCAAAGGGCCGUGCUGUCGUGGUUGAUAAGAAGGGGGUCCCUGGAGAUCCGGGUGUGCCAGGGCUUGCAGGGCCCAGGGGAGAAACCGGAGUUCCUGGAGCUCCAGGGAGACAAGGAUCAGAGGGUCUCCAAGGCCCUAAAGGGGACUUUGGUUUGAGUGGGCCAAGAGGGUAUGCCGGUUUCCAGGGAGAUAAGGGAGACAGAGGCAUCCCUGGACCACAAGGUAUACAAGGUGAGCCAGGGUCUUCAGGAGCUAAGGGCCCCAGAGGGACCCCGGGCCCCUACUACCCUGGCCCCAGAGAGGACGGGUUCCUGUUCAGCAGACACAGCCAGGGCAGGACCGUUCCCCAGUGCCCAAGAGGAAGCAGCCUGAUCUACUCCGGAUACUCUCUCCUCUUCAUUAACGGCAACAACAGAGGACACGGUCAAGACCUUGGUACCCUGGGCAGCUGCUUACCUCGCUUCUCCACCAUGCCCUUCCUCUUCUGCAACACCGACAGCACCUGUCGCUACGCCUCGCGCAACGACUACUCCUACUGGCUGUCCACAGCUGAGGCCAUGCCCAGCGACAUGGCCCUGAUAUCCGGAGACUCUCUCGAAAAAUAUGUCAGCAGGUGUGCUGUGUGUGAGACCAAAGCAAACGUGAUUGCUGUCCACAGUCAAACCGUACAGGUCCCCUCUUGUCCGCUUAGUUGGGUCCCCUUGUGGACUGGCUACUCAUUUGUCAUGCAAACGGGCGCUGGAGCAGAGGGUUCAGGGCAGCCUUUGGCCUCCCCAGGCUCCUGUCUGGAGGAGUUCCGGAAAAUUCCCUUCAUCGAGUGCCACGGACGAGGGACUUGUAACUAUUACACUGACUCUUACAGCUACUGGCUGGCUUCCCUGGACCCUAACAACAUGUUCAGUAAACCUACGCCUCAAACAGUGAAGGGGGAUUGCCCAGGAAGCAUUGUCAGCCGUUGUCAGGUCUGUAUGAAGCAGUAGCAGCCUUAGCAGGCAGCCUGGAGACUGGAAAUGCAUUGCUGCCCUUGAGCCACAAAGGGUCAGCACAGAAGUCAAAUCAGUUUAUGACCUCACUUGUAUUAGGAACGUUUCUGACUUGACUUGUCUGCAAUAAUUUUCAGUACGAUUGUCCGUUUGUUUAUUUUAAUAUGUAAAGGGUUUGGACUACUCAUGAUAGCUUAGGAAGUAGUCAAGCCUUUUGAUUACGUUUGAAUGAAAAUUAACUGCCUGUCAAAUUGCCUGACUGCUAGACUAAUGUGGGUGCUUCGUAAUCCUGGUGCUAUGAGUACUAUACAGGUCACCUAUGGAUGCCUGAUAGCAGAAGCAAUACAGAAGUGAAAACAAAAAGCUUUUGUUGGAGUUUUCUUUGCGUAUUUUUUGUUGUUUGUUUUUUUUUGCCCCUCAAAUGUGCUUCUAGAAUUGCCUCAACUCUUCAGGACGGACUUCCAAUGUGUGUUGUUACACUAAUGCAGGAUUUGUUAUCAUCGAGUCACAAAAAGCACACCAUGCACAGAGGUCUAUACAGAAAUGUUUUGGAAUUAUGUUGUCAGUUUUCUGUGAAUAACUUGACUGGCCAACACAGAUCUCAUAGCUCAAUGCCACGUCCGAACACCGUUCGGAUGGUUUCUAACACCAUCUGCAAGUCAGCUGCAGUCACCUGUGCUCAGCUUUAGAUUUAGUUGCUGAAUGGAAGAAAAUCCUGCAUUUAUGUUUCGACUGUCUGAUGUCUGUUUUGAAAAGAGGAGUGAAGGCAGUUAUAGAAGCAAAGUGUUACCAACUCUGUAUUAAUGCCUAUGAUUUUGAAAUGCAAGGUUUGUCAAGCAGGUGUCCACAUAGUUAUUUUGGCCAUAGGCUAUAACUCAGCUCAUUCCGUCUGUCUACAUAGACUGCACUGCCUUGAUUUGGUUUUGAUAUUGCAUCAUCUGGACUUUCCAGAUCAACCAAUAGUGUUGCAGUGUUAUAGAGUAAUAUAAUAAUGUGAAUUUAAUCACUAUUGAACCUCUGGCCAAAAGACUACACAUGGGCAGUACCAGAAUUGAUGAUCCAUGCAUUAUAUGUCCUCACCACAAAUUUAACAUGUUGGUGGUAGUAAUGUUGUAUAAUACUUUGAAUUUAAAGGUUUUUAUUGCUGAGGUUGGUUUAACAGAGUUUGUAAAAGAAUGCCUGACACAGUGAAACUGUAUUUGUGUUGGAUUUACUUACAUUUCUUAACACUGUAAAAUGUUAUACUUUUGUUUGUAUUUAAAACAUGUGUUUUUGACAGGAAAGUUUAGUAACGUUAUUAAGAAUUUCCUACCAAACAUGUCUAUCAUUGUCUAGAUUUGCAUUGCCUAGACAAAGUAUCCCCCCUUAACCUUUCCCUGUUUUUGUUGUUCCACACACAAGGCUCCAUAGUAACAAAUAAAAAACAUAUUUUAUAAACGUUUGCAAAUUUCCCAAAAAUAAAAUAUCAUUUUAAAAAGUAUUCAAUGAUUUAGAUCUUUCAAUGCCUUCUUUGUAGAGACAGUUUGGCAGCAGUAAAUCUGAGUCUUCCAAUGACUGUGUGCACCAGCUUUGUACGGCAAUUUCCUUCAUGCAGAUCCUUUCAAGCAUUUCUGUCUUAAGAGACUUGUCCUGAAUCCAUUGGGCUGCUAUCUAGUGCGCUUCAUGUCAUAGUCAUGCUAAUUAAUGCAUGCAGGAUUAAUCUCAGAAGAUUACAGAAGUACCCAGUGUCAAGCAAAACGUUCAAAUCAGACACUUCCAUGUUUGUCUCAUCAGAACAGAUCAUCUUUUUCCUCAUGGUUUCAGUUAGGUGUAAGAGUUCCAGAACUCCAGUAGGGCUAUCGUAUGCCCUUGCCUGCCCUCCUACUUGAAGGCUCUCCCAUCUCUGCAGAGGAAAAACUCCAUUACAGUGACUAUUGGCUGCUGACCAAUUAUGUUAUUGCCUAGUUAAUUUGUCUACUUCAAUCUAUAGGAAGUGUAUUGUUGGUUCCAAACUUCUUGCAAAUAUGAACCUUUGGAAUUUUCAGAAGGUAAUUUUUUAACACCCUUUUUUUAAGUAGUGUCUUACUUUAGCAAAAAGUUUUGAUACUUUUGUAACUAAAAUAUUGAUAUAAAAAAAAUAAAUACAUUUGUAAAACCGUGUUCACAGUUCGUUAGUAUUUGAAUAUAGAUUUACAUAACUACUCUUUCAUUUGAAUUAUAAGUCAAACGGAACUAAAGGUGAUCUGUUUUGAAUGUAUUUUCUCUGGUCACUUGUCAACUUAACAUAUCUUUAGUUGCUGAUAACAGUGGAUUAUUUUAUAUGGCUUUUGUGAUUAACAUAAUAAUUAAGGUGGAACUAGACUGAGCAUCAAUGGUUUAUGGAAAUCCUUCACAUGCCUGAUAGUUUGGUUGCCACAAGGUGGCAGUCAAGGCAUAAGUAUUGUCUGCGGUUAAGAUCUCACCGCAAACAAGCACAUCAGUACAGCACAGAUAUACAGCUUCCGGUGUUUAGUUGGAAAAUUAAACAAAAUGUCUGUUGAAUACCAGCUUGAAUUUAUCUUUUUUUUUUAUAAUUAUUUUUAAUAGUGAUAGGAAACACAGUGUAAACUACUGAAAAUUCAAAAUGUGUAUGUGCUUAGGGUUCAAUUAUAUUUCCAACCCUGAGUGUGUGUCUAACAUGGUUAGUUUGUUCUAUGAUUUUAGAAGACUAAUAAGCAGAUCCUGCUGAAUUAAGAUGUCUAAGUGAGAUGUGUGGAAAACUAUUUUAAUUAUUCCACUUUAAUUCUAUUAAAGCCUUGUCUUGCAGUG